AAUAUAUUUUAUCUUACAGUUGAAGCAUGCAAAAAGCACAAUAUAAACAGAAACAAAAAAAAAUGCUUAAUGAAACGAUACAAUCAAACUAGUAACUUGAAGUCAAAUAAUAGAGUAAAUACUGGUGAAAAGUCAUAUUCUUGUAAAGAAUGUGGUAAGAUCUUCAAUCGAUCCGAUAUCUUGCAGAGACACUAUAUAAUACAUACUGAUGGAAAGCCAUAUUCUUGUGAAGAUUGUGGUAAGAGCUUCAGUCAAUCUCGUUAUUUGAAGAUCCACAAUAGAAUACAUACUGGUGAGAAGCCAUAUUCUUGUUAUAUAUGUGGUAAAAGUUUCAUUCAAUAUGCCAAUUUAAAAUCACACCAUGGAAUACAUACCGGUGAAAAGCCAUAUUCUUGUAUAGAAUGUGGUAAGCGCUUCAGUCAAUCUCGUAAUUUGAAGAUUCACAAUAGAAUACAUACUGGUGAGAAGCCAUAUUCAUGUAAAGAAUGUGGUAAGAGCUUCAUUCAAUAUGCCAAUUUAAAAUCACACCAUGGAAUACAUACUGAUGAAAAGCCAUAUUCUUGUAAAGAAUGUGGUAAAAGCUUCAGUCACUCUUGUAAUUUGAAGAGGCACAGUAUAAUACAUACUGGUGCAAAGCCAUAUGCUUGUAAGGAAUGUGAUAAGUGCUUCAAUCGACCUGGUGAUUUGACGAGACACAAUAGAAUACAUACUGGUGAAAAGCUAUAUACUUGUAAAGAAUGUGGUAAGAGCUUCAGUCACUCUCGUUAUUUGAAGAGACACAAUUUAAUACAUACUGGUGCAAAGCCAUAUUCUUGUAAUGAAUGUGGUAAGUGCUUCAAUCGAUCUGGUGAUUUGACAAGACACAAUAGAAUACAUACUGGUGAAAAGCCAUAUUUUUGUAAUGAAUGUGAUAAGAGCUUCAGUCGAUCGGAUGAUUUGAAGAAACACAAUAGAAUACAUACUGGUGAAACAAAAUAUUCUUGUAAUGAUGUGAUUUGAGUUUCAAUCUCCAUUCUACUGUAUUUCUGUGCUUAGAAUUCUAGUAGAAGUGUACUGGUCACAUAAUAUCAACACUAAGACGGAUCAUCUCUUAGGCUA